AUGGCAGCUCCGACAGUCAGUGAGGACGGCUUCAAGGGCCACAAGUUGCUCAACGAGGCCAUCCAACGGUAUGGGGGAUUCACGUGGCAACCGAAGAGGAGCAAGCCGUCUGCCAGCUUGCGAAGCUCCGCCGGAGGCGGCUCUAAGCGCGUUCGCUUGAUACGGGUAGCUCGUGGGUGUGACGUCAGAACUGUGUGUCUUGCAGGUCCAAAGAGCGGAGGCAAUGGCCUGCUGUCCACGCUUGGCAGACUAUGCAGGGCCUCAGAUGUUUUGUGUAUUUGCUUCCGUGUCACUCGGUGA